AUGUUUGUGUUUACAGAAUAUCUAACCAUUGGGUUGUCAUCUGUGAAAAGAAAAAAAGGGAAUUACCUCAUGGAAACGAUCAAAUCCAUUUUUGACCAGUCCAGUUAUGAGGAACUGAAAGAGAUCGUGGUAGUGGUUCACCUGGCGGACUUUGACCUGGCUUGGUGUGAAAACCUGGUGCAGGACAUCUCCAGGAAGUUUGCCCACCACAUCAUCGCUGGGCAUCUCCUAGUGAUCCAUGCCCCUGAGGAGUACUACCCAUCACUGGAUGGGCUGAAAAGGAACUACAACGACCCAGAGGACAGGGUACGCUUCCGCUCCAAGCAGAACGUGGACUACGCCUUCCUCCUCAACUUCUGCACCAACCUCUCAGAUUUUUACAUGAUGCUGGAGGACGAUGUGCUCUGCUCACGGAACUUCCUGACAUCCCUGAAGAAGGUGGUCACCUCCAGGGAAGGCUCGUACUGGGUGAUGCUGGAGUUCUCCAAGCUUGGCUACAUAGGGAAGCUCUACCAAUCAAGAGACCUUCCGCGCCUGGUCCACUUCCUGCUCAUGUUCUACCAGGAGAUGCCUUGCGACUGGCUUCUUAUUCACUUCCGGGGCCUGUUGGCCCAGAAAGAUGUGAUCCGCUUCAAGCCCUCUCUGUUCCAGCACAUGGGCUACUACUCCUCAUAUAAGGGGACAGAGAACAAGUUGAAGGAUGAUGACUUCGAAGAAGACUUUAUUGACAUCCCUGACAACCCUCCUGCCAGCCUGUACACAAACAUUAAUGUAUUUGAAAACUAUGAUGCCACCAAGGCUUAUAGCAGUGUGGACGAAUACUUUUGGGGGAAACCUCCCUCUACCGGAGACUUCUUUGUCAUUGUCUUUCACGAACCAAGCAAUAUUAGCAAUAUCAAAAUCUUGACAGGAACGGACGAUCGUCAGAACGAUAUCCUGCACCAUGGAGCUCUGGAAGUAGGAGAGAAGCUGGUGGGUACAAAGAGAGGAAGGCAGUGUUCUUCCUACAUCACGUUAGGGGAGUUUAAAAAUGGCCACAUUGAGGUUCAAGACGUGGACCACAAGAUUGCCUUUGACAUCCAGUGUGUACGUAUUGUGGUGACUGCCAGUCAAAAAGAAUGGCUGAUUAUUAGGAAAAUAAGUCUGUGGACGACAUAGCUGGCACACAGAAGGCCCAUACCAUCUGGACUAAAGUGUUGUAUUCAUUUAUAUAUAUUGAUUAUAUUGGAUGCUGUAUGGUUUAUAUUCCUUUAUACUUUGCAUACAGUAGCCUACAUUUUUUUGAAUUUGAAACAAUUAGACUAUUGGUUUGUCAACAUUGUAUGUUUUUCAUAAAAUAAAAUGCAGACAAUUGUG